AUGUUGAAUGGGAUACCCGUUGGCUUGGACGAAAUCAAGGAUGAAACAUUAAAAGACCUUCUGUCGUGGAUGUUAAAACUACAACCAGAAGAAAGACCAUCUGCCAACGAAGCCUUGAAACAUCCAUUUCUUAUGUCGGAUGACGAGAAAUUUCACUUUUUAUGUAAAGUUGGUGACUUACAGUCGAUUAAAACAAAUGAUCCCCAAUCUAGUAUCGUCCAACAAUUGAAUAUUGAAUCUUCAAAUUGGAAAAGUCAAAUGGAUAGCGAUGUUUAUGAAUAUUUGGUAAAUGGAAGAAAGUAUGGAUCUUCAUGGACAGAAUGCUUAAGGCUCAUUCGUAAUAUUGGCCAACAUUUGCACGAUCGACCACUGCAAAGACCACAACCAAAACCUAUUUAUAAGAUUGGAGAUCACAAGGCAUAUUUUCUUAAAACAUACCCCAGUCUCCCUGUUCGGAUUCAUGCAGCUGUCAGGUCAAAUGAUGAAUUGAAAGACAAUGCAGAACUUAAGGCUAUUUUUUCUGGAGAAGAGAAGAAGAAACGAUGUUUUCAAGCUGAUCUUAGAUACACUAAACUAACAACAGAGGAAAUCGAGAAAAUUUGUCAGAAAGUUGGAACUGAUUGGAAUAUACUGGGUGGUCUUCUAGAAAUACCUUUUGACAUACGUGCUGAUAGUAUUGUUGACGACACAAUUUAUCCAAAUCCCUCCGCAAAAGCUAAAGAGAUUUUAGUCAUUUUUAAUGAAGGAAAGAAAUUUGAUCGAUAUGUAUUGAAGAAAUGCCUUGAAGAAGUAAUGCUUGAUUUGGAUGAAAUUUUGUCUCCCACCAGUCAGACCAGUUACCGUUCUUUUCUGGAAAAUCUGUCUUAA